UUAACUGCAAUAGUGAACUGCUUCUUGCCAUCUCAACUCUCAUUUCUAUCAUUUGAGAGUUGGGGAGUUGUAUGUUGAAGUUUGGUGAAUCUGUGUAAAAUUUUUCAUCAAGAAAUAUGAGUUCCAAAGUGAGCAGAGAUACACUCUAUGAUACGGUGAACACCUUGCUUGAAAAUUCGAAUAAGAAACCGAGGAAGUUUUUAGAAACUGUAGAACUUCAAAUUGCUUUGAAGAAUUAUGACCCACAGAAAGACAAACGUUUCUCCGGCACAGUCAAGCUAAAGAAUAUCCCUCGUCCUAAAUUCACUGUAUGUGUUCUUGGAGAUCAACAACAUUGUGAUGAAGCUAAAGCUAACAAUGUUGCAUGUAUGGAUGCUGAAGCCUUGAAAAAGCUGAACAAGAAUAAAAAGCUUGUUAAGAAAUUAGCCAAGAAGUAUGAUGCUUUCCUUGCCUCAGAAUCUUUAAUUAAACAAAUCCCUAGGCUAUUAGGUCCUGGUCUGAACAAGGCUGGCAAGUUUCCAUCUCUGCUCACUCAUAAUGAGUCUAUGAUGGCCAAGAUUGAUGAAGUUAAGGCUACUAUUAAGUUCCAGAUGAAAAAAGUUUUGUGCUUGGCUGUAGCUGUUGGCCAUGUUAAAAUGAGUCAGGAUGAAUUAGCACAGAAUUUGAAUUUGUCCAUCAAUUUCUUAGUUUCUCUUCUGAAGAAAAAUUGGCAAAACAUCAGGUCUCUACAUGUUAAAAGUACUAUGGGACCUUCUCUGCGACUGUAUUAAUGGAAUGUGUUGAUUUAAAAUAAAUUGAAGAAUGUUA